ACAAGCUAGUCUAUUGUUGCGUGAAGCCGGUUGUGCAAAGGAACUAGUGUCAACUGACAUCCUAACAAAUCAUGAAUUAUACAUGAGUGCCAUAAACUGGUACCAACCAGCCACUCUGCGAUUAUGUAGCAAUCAACCUGUUAAACACAAUGUUUUUGUUUUACAUCAAGAUUUACGGAUCAAAAUGUCUUUAAAACCUCGACCAUUUGACCUACUACUGAAAUGAUAGAUAUAAGGAGUUUUUUCGUCUAUGUGUGUUGUAUUGCUGUGGGGGUUAGACGAUGCGCGUGUUUACCGCGUACAAAGGCUUUGUUUCGUACCAACGACACUGCCAUUGUCGUCGACUUCUUAAGAGACAUAGAAACACGAGGUUCCGAUUUGAGCAUCAUAGCAGGGGAGGCAUCCUGGAACUAUUUCACGGAUUUAACUCCUGAGAAGAAUAACUUGUCUAUCGCGGCGUCGUCUCGUUCGAUAGAAUACUUUUUGAAGGCAAGUGAAAAUGCAUCGACACUUCUGAAAGAUCACGUAGACCUGCCACUUGACCUCGCGCGCCAGGUAAGGCUAAUGAGCCUGUCUGCCCAGCCCAAGUCAACCCAGGAUAUCGAGGCAUUAGAGAAACUACAAUCCAAAAUGACAGCAACGUAUAGCAACGGUAAAGCAUGCAGAAAAAAGCCAAAUAACGUGGAAKAGUGUUUGCCGCUUGAGCCGGACCUGAUCUCAAUAAUGUCAAAGUCACGUGAUUARGAUGAAUUACUGUGGGCCUGGGUUGGAUGGAGAGAUGCCGUAGGACCGCCAUUAAGAGAUCAGUUUCGUCAACUUGUAGAUUUACUAAAUAAAGGAGCWCAYGAGCACAAGUGGGGUGAUUAUGGACACUUCAUGCGCAGUGUGUACGAAAUGGGUAACGACUUGCCUACCACGUUAGAAUCCCUUUGGUCAGCGGUGAAGCCGCUAUACGAGGAGCUUCAUUCGUAUGUGAGAUUUAAGCUACAUAAGAAAUACCCUAAGGUAUCCCCAGACGGACCAAUACAGGCGCACGUUCUUGGAAACAUGUGGUCUCAGGAUUGGUCGGAUAUUUAUGAUAUCGUUGCGCCGUUUCCUGAAAUUUCUCCUCUUGAUGUCACUCCCAGCCUCAAGGAGCAGAACUACACAGCUGUGAAGAUGUUUGAGCUUGCGCAGUCGUUCUUUGUGUCCCUUGGGUUGUAUCCAAUGCCGCAGUCAUUCUGGGAUAAAUCUGUCUUGUCGAAGCCUGAGAAUCGAUCGAUUGUAUGCCAUGCAUCUGCUUGGGGGUUUAAACCGGGCGAUGUAAGGAUAAAGAUGUGCACUGAAAUAAAUCAAAAUGAUUUAAUAAUUGCCCAUCAUGAAAUGGGUCAUGUUGAAUACUACCUUGCRUAUCGACARCUUCCGUUCGCUUAUCGUGAUGGUGCUAAUCCUGGCUUCCACGAGGCUAUUGGUGAUACUAUAGCGUUAUCAGUAGAAACACCAAAGUACCUCGAAUCAGUCAAUUUGUUGAGCUCCUAUAACAGCAGUGAUGCGGCGACUGUAAACUUCCUCUUAAUGCAAGCCUUACGUCGAGUCGCUCAACUGCCUUUCACAUAUCUUGUUGACCAAUGGAGAUGGCAGGUUUUGGCGGGAAAGAUUGCACCAUCAGACUUCAAUGCUGAAUGGUGGAAAAUACGUCUUCACUACCAGGGUCUUGUACCUCCGGUUAACAGAACCGAGAAAGAUUUUGACCCUGGUGCGAAAUUCCACAUCGCUUCUAAUUCAGCAUAUAUAGGGUACUUUGUCAGUUUAAUAUUACAGUUCCAGUUCCAUCGUUCACUAUGUGGAUUUGCCAAACACAAAGGACCAUUACAUGAGUGCUCUAUAUUCAAGUCUAAAGAAGCUGGAGAGAAGUUCAAAGAAAUGCUAGAAGCGGGGAAAAGUGAACCCUGGCCACAGAUUCUCUCACGCUUGACUGGGGAUCUCGAAAUGACGGCCUCUGCAUUACUCGAGUACUUUGAACCUCUUAGAAAGUGGUUGUAUACGUACAGACUGACUCACAAAUACAACCUAGGAUGGCAACAACCUGUAGAGUCACGUGAUGUUAAUGGCGUGCGAAAAUCUACGACACGUAACACAUCGUGGACACCUAAAAACAGCAAAAUAUCUAUCAAACUACCUGAUUUACAGACUGCAAUGAAGCAAAUGCAGCCAGAUCGUUUGGCAAAGAAGAAAAAUAACUCGCAUUCUUUGAUUUCGAAGUCAUCCAUCGAAUCCGCAAAGCCUAUGUUUUUACCGAACAAAGUCAAAGACCAGUUGAAUCUUGGGUAAGGUGGCUGGCAUCUUUAACGUCGUCAUGGUAACGACAUUUGGUUAAGGUGGUUCGUCAUUAAAACAGGCUUUAGGAGUUUSGCCUUUCUGUUACCAUGGUAGUACCUUUWUACGAGGGCUGGUAUUUGAAGGAACUGUUGAUUGUUGCAAUUAUAAUUACGAUUCUAUAUUUAUCGAUGUUGCUGUAGUAACGUAAAAAGACAGGAAUCCCAUUAUGGUUGUUUCGUCCGCUAAAGCAAUAAUCGUAUUUGUAUGAAGACGAAUAUUAUUUCUUAAUUUAAAAGCUCUAAAAAUCACUCAAUGAUAUCGUGAUGUGCAGUGAAGUCAAUCUUUCUACCCCCCUAUGUUUAUGGACAGUCUUCUUGGGUUGAAAUCACAGCGUGACUCGAUGUCACGKCAUUGGAAUGCAUGGUAUGACAAUAUACAUCGAUGGCAUCACAACAACUCAGAUAAGAACUUUAAGAACUCGKGAUGAUAACUUAUCAGUAUGGCAAAAGAUUUCUAUUUGAUUUUCUAUUAAUUUUAUUAAAACAAUUUAAAACGAUU